CAUAUGUGUAUAAUGUGUGUGUUUAUAAUUCUAUAUGAAGAGGGGGAUGCGUGGGCUGAAGAAACCACUUUCUGGCUGCUUAUUACAAAGCACUAAACAACCGCCUGAAUCCCAGCAGCCUAGCGAGCCAGGGACAUUUUGAAGUGAAUUCUUAUCCUCUCGAGUUGGAGAUCUCCAAUUAGCCUCAGACUAAAGCGCACAGCGUGUGUGUGAAACAGGCAGUUGCUGGCACGCAAUCUUUCCCAAGGUUGUGCUUCCUUUCCUUUUUCCUGAGAUUUGGCGCAGGGGGAAGGGGUCGAAGUCACAUGGACACAGAGCUUUUGAUUAAUGUCCAAGCUGCCUGAGCUGCUGAAGCCUUCCCACCUCGCAGAGCGCUGGGAGAGCCGGCAGCCAGUGACCACUCAUUUCCUACAGGCUGGGCCCCCUUCCUUACUGGAAAAGGACACACGCAUUUUUAUUGCUUUGCUCCUCUGGCCCCUCACACCGCUUCUUGAGCAGUGGAAGAGUGAGCGUGUCUGGUUAACAGCCUGCCAGCCACGGAAGACCAGCCCCGCGCUAUGUAACCGAGUGGGGUCUUUUGUUGUCCCGUCUGAACUUUUGCUAGAGGAAACACCGAGGCAGCGUUUCCCAUUGGUGGCUGCAAACAGCAGAGGAGCUGGGAGAAGCAGGAGCUGGGAGCGAGGCUUCGCUUUGGGGAACAAUGACAGAAGAAAGCAAAGGGGAAGGGAAAGGGGAAAGCGGGAAGGACCUGGAGAAACAGCUUCGCCUCAGGGUGUGCGUUUUGAACGAGCUUCUGAAGACGGAGCGGGACUAUGUGGGCACGUUGGAGUUCCUGGUGUCGGCAUUCCUUCAGAGAAUGAUCCAGUUUGCUGCCUCCAAAGUGGAUAAAAAUAUCACAGAGGAAACAGUUAAGAUGCUGUUUUCAAAUAUUGAAGAUAUUCUUGCAGUUCACAAGGAUUUCCUGAUCCUAGUGGAGCGGUGUUUGCAUCCUGAACCUAAUGCACACCAUGAAGUGGGAAUCUGCUUUCUUCACUUUAAGGACAGAUUUUGUAUCUAUGAUGAAUACUGUAGUAACCAUGAGAAGGCACAGAAACUUCUGCUUGAACUUAACAAAAUAAGAACAGUACGGACUUUUCUUUUGAACUGUAUGUUGCUUGGAGGACGUAAGAACACAGAUGUUCCAUUGGAAGGAUAUCUAGUAACACCAAUACAGAGAAUAUGCAAGUACCCCCUCCUUUUGAAGGAGUUAUUGAAGCGGACGCCAAAGAAACACAGCGACUACACAGCAUUAGUGGAAGCUCUGCAAGCCAUGAAAGCGGUCUGUUCCAAUAUAAAUGAGGCUAAGAGACAAAUGGAAAAAUUAGAGGUUUUGGAAGAAUGGCAGUCUCACGUUGAAGGAUGGGAGGGGUCCAACAUCACAGAUACAUGCACGGAAAUGCUAAUGUAUGGAGUUUUGCUGAAAAUUUCUGCAGGAAAUAUCCAGGAGCGUGUAUUUUUUCUUUUUGACAAUCUUUUGGUUUACUGUAAACGAAAACACAGACGACUGAAGAACAGCAAAGCCUCUACUGAUGGCCAUCGGUAUCUUUUUCGAGGCAGAAUAAACACAGAGGUAAUGGAAGUGGAGAACGUAGAUGAUGGCACAGCUGACUAUCAUAGCAGUGGCCACAUUGUUGUUAAUGGCUGGAAAAUCCACAACACAGCAAAGAACAAAUGGUUUGUAUGCAUGGCAAAAACUCCCGAAGAGAAGCAAGAAUGGCUGGAAGCUAUUCUAAAAGAGAGAGAGAGAAGAAAAGGUUUAAAAUUGGGUAUGGAACAAGAUACUUGGGUGAUGAUCUCUGAGCAGGGAGAGAAACUCUACAAAAUGAUGUGCAAACAAGGAAACCUAAUAAAAGACAGGAAAAGAAAACUAACUACUUUCCCCAAAUGUUUUCUGGGAAGUGAGUUUGUGUCCUGGUUACUGGAAACUGGAGAAAUACACAAAUCUGAAGAAGGUGUUCAUCUUGGCCAAGCUUUAUUAGAGAAUGGCAUUAUUCACCAUGUUACAGAUAAGCACCAGUUCAAACCUGAACACAUGCUCUACAGGUUCCGUUAUGAUGAUGGAACAUACUAUCCAAGAAGUGAAAUGCAGGAUGUGAUUUCCAAGGGUGUAAGAUUGUACUGUCGUCUUCAUAGUCUGUUUACUCCAGUGAUAAGGGAUAAAGAUUAUCAUCUGAGGACCUAUAAAUCUGUAGUAAUGGCUAACAAACUGAUAGACUGGCUAAUUGCACAGGGGGAUUGUCGAACCAGGGAAGAAGCAAUGAUCUUUGGCGUAGGACUUUGUGACAAUGGGUUUAUGCACCAUGUCUUAGAAAAAAGUGAAUUUAAAGAUGAGCCACUUCUUUUUCGCUUUUUUGCGGAUGAAGAGGAAGGAUCAAAUAUGAAGCACAGGCUUAUGAAACAUGAUUUAAAAGUAGUAGAAAAUGUCAUAGCCAAGUCACUACUGAUUAAAUCUAAUGAAGGCAGCUAUGGUUUUGGUUUAGAAGACAAAAACAAAGUACCAAUUAUUAAAUUAGUGGAGAAGGGGUCAAAUGCUGAGAUGGCAGGCCUGGAAGUUGGGAAGAAGAGAUUUGCCAUUAAUGGUGACCUAGUUUUUUUGAGACCCUUCAAUGAAGUGGAUUGCUUCCUGAAAGCAUGCUUAAACAGCAGAAGGCCCCUCAGGGUACUCGUGAGCACAAAACCAAGGGAGACAGUGAAGAUCCCUGACUCUGCAGAGGGGCUUGGAUUCCAAAUCCGGGGCUUUGGUCCAUCGGUUGUCCAUGCUAUUGGGAGAGGGACUGUGGCAGCUGCAGCAGGUCUCCACCCUGGACAGUGCAUAAUUAAAGUGAAUGGAAUUAACGUCAGCAAAGAGACUCAUGCAAGUGUUAUUGCCCACGUCACAGCCUGCAGGAAAUAUAGGCGUCCAAUGCAGCAAGAUUCCAUACAGUGGGUAUAUAACAGUAUAGAGAGUGCACAGGAAGACCUUCAGAAAGCGAACUCCAAACCCCCUGGAGAUGAGGGAGGAGAUGUCUUUGACUGCAAAGUGGAAGAAGUAAUUGACAAGUUUAACACAAUGGCAAUAAUUGAUGGGAGGAAGGAUCAUGUGAGUCUGACUGUUGAUAAUGUUCAUCUGGAAUAUGGAGUGGUUUAUGAGUAUGACAGUACUGCUGGAAUAAAAUGCCAUGUGGUGGAGAAAAUGAUUGAACCAAAGGGCUUUUUCAGCUUGACUGCAAAGAUUCUCGAAGCAUUGGCUAAAAGUGAUGAGCAUUUUGUGCAAAACUGCAACAGCCUGAAUUCUUUAAAUGAAGUAAUCCCAACUGACCUCCAAAGUAGAUUCAGUGUAAUUUGCAGUGAGAAAAUUGAGCAUAUCUACCGAAGAAUCUCUAGUUAUAAAAAGUUUUCACGAGUGUUAAAAAAUAGAGCAUGGCCUACCUUUAAACAGGCUAAGUCAAAGAUCUCACCACUUCACAGCAGCGAUUUCUGUCCAACCAACUGCCAUAUCAAUGUAAUGGAAGUCUCUUAUCCUAAAACCUCAACUUCUCUUGGUAGUGCCUUUGGUGUGCAGCUAGACAGCAGAAAGCAUUCUUCACAUGAGAAAGAAAACAAAAAUAGUGAGCAAGGUAAACUGAGUCCCAUGGUUUACAUACAACAUACCAUUACCACCAUGGCAGCUCCUUCAGGACACUCCCUAGGUCAACAGGAAGGCCAUGGUCUGAGAUAUCUGUUAAAGGAAGAGGACUUAGAAACACAAGAUGUCUAUCAGAAAUUGUUGGCCAAAUUGCAAACUGCACUGAAAGAGGUGGAAACGUGCAUCUCUCAGAUAGAUGACCUUCUCUCUUCAAUAACCUAUUCUCCCAAAUCAGAACGUAAAACACCCGAGCCCUUAAUACCAGCAGACAGUGACAAUGAAAAGGGAGAAAGGAAUGGGAAAAGGGUCUGUUUCAAUGUAGCAGGUGAUGAGCAGGAAGAUUCUGGUCAUGACACCAUCAGCAACAGGGAUUCAUACAGUGAUUGCAAUAGCAACAGGAACUCCAUUGCCUCAUUCACCAGCAUUUGCAGUAGCCAGUGCAGUUCUUACUUUCACAGUGAUGAAAUGGACUCAGGUGAUGAACUUCCCUUAAGUGUUCGCAUUUCUCAUGAUAAACAGGACAAACUUCAUAGCUGUUUGGAGCAUCUUUUUGGUCAGGUAGAUUCAAUUGUCAAUCUUCUGAAAGGACCAGCUGUAAUGAGGGCCUUUGAACAAACCAAGUUCUUCACGCCAGGUCGAGGCUUGCAAGAGUUUCAGCAGGAAAUGGAACCUAAACUUAGCUGUCCAAAGAGAUUACGACUUCACAUCAAGCAAGACCCUUGGAACCUUCCCAGCAGUGUCCAAAAUCUUGCACAGAAUAUAAGAAAAUUUGUUGAAGAAGUGAAGACAAGGAUACUUUUGGCACUCCUUGAAUAUACAGAUAGUGAGAUACAGCUAAGACGAGACAUGGUCUUCUGCCAAAGUCUGGUGGCCACAGUCUGUGCUUUUUCAGAGCAACUAAUGGCUGCCUUAAAUCAGAUGUUUGGCAACAGCAAAGAGUAUGAAAUGGAAACUCAAGAGGCCAGCAGAAGGUGGUUCGAACAGAUAGCUAAUGCAGGUGUCCUCCUUCACUUCCAGUCAUUGCUGUCACCUAACCUGACUGAUGAACAAGCCAUGCUAGAAGAUACAUUGGUUGCUUUGUUUGACCUGGAAAAAGUUACUUUUUAUUUUAGACAGUCAGAACCAGAACCACUAAUUGCAAAUGCUCCAAUCACAUAUCAAGCGGAAGGAAGCCGGCAAGCUUUGAAGGUUUACUUUUAUCUUGAUAGUUACCAUUUUGAGCAGCUUCCUCAAAAGCUGAAGAAUGGAGGAGGGUUUAAAAUCCACCCAGUACUUUUUGCACAAGCACUGGAGAGCAUGGAAGGAUAUUAUUACAGAGACAACGUGUCAGUAGAAGAAUUUCAAGCCCAGAUUAAUGCAGCCUCACUGGAAAAGGUCAAACAGUAUAACCAGAAACUCAGGGCAUUCUACUUGGACAAGUCGAACCUCCCUCCAAAUUCAACAUCUAAAGCUGCUUAUAUAGAUAAGCUGAUGCGGCCCCUCAAUUCUUUGGAUGAACUUUACCGACUGGUAGUGUCUUUUAUCCGAUCCAAGCGCACAGCAGCCUGUGCUUACACUGCUUGCAGUGCCUCUGGAGUUGGAUUGCUGUCAGUUUCUUCAGAACUCUGUAGCAGACUUGGAGCUUGCCACAUCAUAAUGUGCAAUAGUGGAGUUCAUCGCUGCACUCUGAGUGUCACUCUGGAGCAGGCGAUAAUUCUUGCUCGGAGCCACGGACUACCUCCUCGCUAUAUUAUGCAAGCUACAGAUGUAAUGCGCAAACAGGGAGCAAGAGUGCAGAACACUGCCAAGAAUUUAGGAGUGAGGGACCGAACACCACAAUCUGUCCCAAGAUUAUACAAACUAUGCCAGCCACCACCUCCUGCUGGGGAAGAAUGAAGAACUAUUCAGGAAGUAACCGAGUAACAUCUUUUAAGACAUUGGACUAUACAGCAAAAUUAAAUGGCAUUCCAGUAGAAUGUGCCUGGAGAAUUGAUAAAUAGAGGCCCUUCACUCAGGAUAAAGAAAUGUCUGUCCUUAAUAUUCUUGUCAGCUCGGACAUCUGUCUUCUGGAGAAAAUAUUUCUGGACUCCAUGCACUAUGGUCUCCCUUCCAUAAAACAGAAACUUUAUGGGUUUUUACCUGGAUAUUUUACACUGGAAUCAGGUUGUAUCUCAUAUGGCCAGUUCAGCAACGCAAAUUACCCCAUUAUGCAUUGGCAGCAGCAUGAAAGCAAAUAUCUAAUGGCAAACUCAGUCCAUCCGAACCAGAUAAAAGCUGUUCCUGUGGUCACAGAAUGAACUUGAAAAAAGCCUAAAAUAAAUCCUCCAGAGUUUGACACAUGACACAUUUGAUGUGCCAUGCACUGCUAAUUACCUUCUUUCCCAAUAUUUUAUCACAAUUUCUUAAUUUUUAGCAAUAAGGAAAUUAACACUCUGGUAUAUGCUGUAAAUGCCUAUUAAAAAUAAAAGGUUUCAGAGUAGCAGAUGUGAUAGUCUGUAUUCGCAAAAAGAAAAGGAGUACUUGUGGCAACUUAAAGACUAAUAAAUUUAUUUGAGCAUAAGCUUUCA